UCCCGCGCGCGGCAGCUGAGGAGCCGCGCGGCGGGAAAGGGCGGCACGCGGGUAACGGCGGGAAGCGGCGGGGCGCGAGCCGGACGGGCCUUACAACGGCCCCGGAACCGCCGGGAGCCGGAGCCGACCAGGGCAGCGGCAGCGGCAGCGGCACCCCAGACCCGGCUCCUUCAGAGCAGCCACGGCGGGCGCUUCUGCGGGACCUGAGUGAGGUGUAGCCUCUCGAGAAGUGGCUUUGCGUGCUGAGUUUUGUUUGGUGCUGGUUUCCGCGUGUGUUGCUACAGCUUUCCGAUGGGGGUAAAACCAGCUGUCAGAAGAUACGAAACAAGAAAUAGGGCAGCAGGGACAGAGGUGCCAUCGUCCAAGUCCCGAGUGGACUGGAGACGCACCAGAAGGGCGCUCAUACUGCCCGACAGCACCGACGAGUCCUCGGCCGCCGAGGAGGAGGAGGAGGAGUCCAGCACAUCGGAAAGUGAAAUCGAUGGAAAAGGUCGAACGGCUGCGAAGAACAGUCUUUCAGACCGGGAGGAGAAGGACCGCAGUGGGGAAGGAACAGAAGAUGGUGACGAUGAGUGCGUUGUGCCUGGGAAGCGUAAGAGCCUGAGCACCUUUGUCAUGUAUGACAGCGACGAGAGUGAGGGCAGUGACAUACUGGUCAGAAAGGUUUCUGCCAAACGCCGCUGUAUCAUGGAUGACGAUGAGAGUUCUGAGGAACGGCAGCGUGAUAAAAUGUGCCCUACAGAGAAUGUUUCUACGAGUAGCAAACAGAAAGUGCUUGCAAAAUUGAAAGAACUUGUAAGACAAAGCACAGCUCGGAGAUCCUGCAGCAGUGCAAAUUGUGAGGAUUCUAAUAGUGAAGCGCCAAUGGAAGAGGAACCACUCUGCCAGUUGCUUCCAGCACCGUCUGAAGGUAGUGAAACUGACAGUAGCAGCUUAAAAGAUUUUGUAGUAGAGGAAGACGAUGAUGAUGAUGACUUUGACAACACAGAGCAUGCGAAGAGUGAAAAUCAGCCACAUCAAAAGCAGCCAAAUCCAUCAAACAGUGAGCUGCUGGCACACUACAUCCCACAGUUGUCUCGCUGUGAUCAUUCUGUACACUUCAAAAGAAUAGUAAAGGCUUUCCUCAUAAAUGCAAUUGAUGACACUUUCCUGAGCUCAUUGUAUGAUGGAACAAGACAAAAGAAGUAUGCACAAGAUAUGCUGCUCUCACUUCAUUAUUUGGAUGACCGCUUCAUUCAGCCUCGUCUGGAGAACUUAAUCUGUAGAAGUCGCUGGAAAGAUCGAUACAAGGAGCGUGUGGAUUGUUACCCAGAUGUUCGCAUCAGUUUGAAAAAUCCAGAAAACAUGUCUUGUCAGGCCUGUGAAUUGAAGCGGUGGUGCAAGUUCAAUGUGUUGCUCUCUGGAAGGCUUUACAAUAGUAAAACUUUGGAAGUGGAUGACUUCAUGUCAGAUGAUAAACAGGUUUUGAAGGUUGGCACGGUGUGUGCGAAUCGUACAAGAGUUUAUCACAACUUGAAACACUUCAAGUACAAGUUGUACAUGGAUUGCAGCUCUGUUGCUGGAUUGGAUGGUGUUGAGGAUGAACCAGUCAAAGACACUGUAGAGCGGCUUUUCAGCCACUUGGAAGAGAGUGGAUGGAUUCAGAAGAGAUAUAAUGAUCUUGAAGUUUACAUGGAAGAUGCAGACAAUUUUCAAGAAGAGAAAAUUGAUUAAGAGGUCAUACAGCUCUUUGAAAGACAUCUUGAAAAAUGUGAAUGCCCUACUUCAUCAGCAUGCACUUUAUCUCUGCUUGGACUUCGAGAUUUCUAUGUAGGCUCUUACCUCUAAAUUCAUAUGCCUUUAAAUUACUGUUUGAUAAUGUGCUCUAUCUUUUUUUUUUCUCAUCUGUGUCAAUAUAAACCCAAACUUUUACCAAAUCAGUCCUUCCAGUCUUACUGCAUUAAUCACUUUAAGUUUCCUGCUGUCAGAAAUAUCAGUUCAAUAUCUAUUUACUUGUGAGAUAAAA